GAUUCAGUACGGGGAGACGUUCUCGGAGGCGGGACAGUAUAUGAAGGAUGUUGUGAUGAAUAAGAAGGACAACAAUGAUGCAGACAGUGAUGAUGAUGUUGUGAAGAUUGCCCUACAUCCAUUUGACAAUGAGCCUAUCUGGCAAGGGAACAGCACUAUUAUUGAUGAAUUGGUGGACCAGGUCCCGCCGCCUGUCGGGGAGGAAGAGGAAGAAGUUCAUGCCGGUCGUGCGUUGCCGGUCGAUGCUAUUGUUUGUAGUGUCGGUGGUGGAGGGUUGUUGAAUGGGUUGGUUAUGGGGAUUGAGAGGCAUAGAGCUAAGGCUAAGGUUGCCGAUGAUGGUGCGGCGAAGCCUGUUCAUCUUGUGGCUGUUGAGACCAAGGGCACGGAUUCUCUAGCUACAGCGUUGGAGAGUAACGAACUGGUCUCGUUGCCGAAGAUCACGUCGCAGGCUACGUCGUUGGGGGCUAUUAAGGUCUCUGAGAGAACGUUUCAGUAUGCGGUGAAGCCGCCGCCGGGCGUGAAGGUGCACAGUGCGGUGUUCUCGGAUGCGGAGGCCGCAAGGGGCGUGUUGAGGCUUGUGGAUGAUGAGAGGUUGUUGGUUGAGUUGGCUUGUGGUGUUUGUGUGGAGGCUGCGGUUGGGGGGUCUAGCUGUGCUUCUUCAUCAUCAUCUUCUUCUUCGAAGAUGGUGGCUGCUGGUCAGAAGAGGAAGAGGGGCAUGGAUGUUGGGUAUGUGAGUAAGGAUGAAGGGUAUGGAGAUGAUCGGCUGUCUGCUGGGGAGAAUGAGGAUGAUGGUCCGGUUCCUUCGCUGUCGCUGUCGGCCUCUGCUGGGGGGAUGCAGUCUAAGUUGAAGGAGUUGGUGCCGGACUUGAAUGCAGACAGUCGCGUCGUUAUUAUUGUCUGCGGUGGCAGCAAUGUUACCAUUGAUAUGGCGGCAGAAUGGAGGAAGAUGCUGGCUGAUGGGUGGGCAUCUGAGUGAUUGUGAAUUUCAUGGCUAAUGCUACAAUGGGUUAUGGUGUAUCUGUUGGUUUUGUUUGUUUCUUGUGGAAAUUUGGGUUGCAUGGGUCUCACUAUACAGGUUAAUGAUGU